AAUGACGGUAAAAUAUUGAAAAUAAGUACAUAGACGUUUCAAUGAAUUUUUUAUUUUUGAUGUUGAAAUAAUAAUCGAAGUCAUCCCUAAUCUGUCUUCAUGGAGCCGUCAAACAGCGAUAAAAUUAAUAGGUCUCUAACCUUGAGGAAUAAAAUUCUUGCGAUGGAUGCUUAUUCUAGACACAAAGAACUGAUAAAUCAUUAUUUCCUUUAUUAUUCUGGAAGUACAAAAAAAUUGACUAAGCAUAGGCGAUCUGGAAAGACUGAUUUUGAUAUAAUACGAGAAAAUCACCAAUUUUUAUGGGACCCUGAUGACAGUGCAGAUUCUUGGGAUAGAAAAUUAGCAAAAAAGUAUUAUGACAAGUUGUUCAAAGAAUAUUGCAUAGCAGAUCUUAGCCGUUACAAAGAAAAUAAAAUUGCUUUACGAUGGAGAAUAGAAAAAGAAGUUAUUGAUGGAAAAGGACAGUUUGUUUGUGGAGAAAAAACUUGCAAUGAAAAAGAGCGGUUAUGCAGUUGGGAAAUGAAUUUUGGAUAUAUAGAAUUUGGAGAGAAGAAAAAUGCUUUGGUGAAAUUGAGGCUUUGUCCAGUUUGUUCUUAUAAAUUAAACUAUCAUCAUCAGCGUAAAGAAUUUAAAAAUGUUUCAAGGAAAAGAAACUUGAAAGAAACUGAUGAAGAAGUUUUCAAUAAAAAGAAGAAAGAAAGUGAAACAGAAAAAGAGCAAGAUAGUCACGAGUCAACUUCAGGAACACAAAAUUUGACCACUGACAGUUCAGUCAUUUGGAAAGAAAUGCCAAAAGAUACUGAAGAAAAGAACAAAGAUGAUGAAUUUGAAGAAUACUUAAAUGAAAUGUUGUUAUAAAA